UCUUGUGGAACACGCAAAAAGACAUCGAAGAUCGCUCAAUCAAUCUCUCGAUCAUGAAUCCGAUAACUACAUGUAUCAUAUUGCCUAUGAUAUUCCACAACCUAUAAAUAACAUGAAUUUUCUUCCAAUACAAGCGCCAUACACGACAAAUUCGACUAGAUCAAAAAAAGAAGUAGUUCCAGAAGUAAUCUAUCCUGAAAUCCUCGUGAUCGUAGAAAAUAGCUUAAUGAGACUAAUGGGUGAAACUCUAGAUCAGCAGUUGCUGUAUGUUUUGGCAUUCUGGAACGGAGUUGACAUGAGAUACAGAACUCUAGCGAAUCCACGAGUUAGGUUGAAUAUUGCUCAUAUCAUUUUCGCUAAGGAUAACGAUGUUCUUACUUAUCUAAACCCACGAAACAGUCGCUAUUUUGUGCUAAACAACGACAAUGCCAUUACAAAUCAGGGAAGGUGGUUGUACCAAGUUCAACGAAAAGUUCCUCUUGCUUCUUACGAUCUUGCUAUAACCAUGCUUCCGCAUUUGAUGUGCGCGAAUAGUCCGAAUUCAUGUAAUAUUCUUGGAUUCGCAGCUAUCUCUGGAGCUUGCUCUACAGAUUAUCAACACGGAAUUACAUAUAAGGUUGGUUAUAUCCUUGACAGAGGUGGUUACGACGGAAUCCAAACAGCUGCGCAUGAAUUGGGACAUUUAUUGGGUAUUCAGCACGAUGGCGAAAAAAACGGAUGUCAUGAUCAACAUGGCUACAUAAUGACUACAUUCGACAAAUUCACGCCGCAAGCAUUUGAUUGGUCACCAUGUUCACUACAAUACAUGGAUCAAUAUCUCAAGAGCGGAAAAGGAAGAUGUUUAUACAAUCAUCCAUUUUAUGACAAACCUUUCCAAAGAUAUUUACCAGGAAAACUAAUGGAUGCUAAUAGGCAAUGUAGGAUCUUGAGAAAAGGAUAUGCGACGGUUAUAGAUGACUCCAUUUGCACUCAAUUGAAAUGUAACGGUAUUCACACUGAUGUUCGAUUGCCUGAAGCUGCAGAAGGUACUCCUUGUGGUCAGGGACGAUUGUGUCUUCACGGAAGAUGUGAUUUUGAAAGUUUGGUUGUUUAA